AUGAUCGGAAUGUGUCCGACAAAUAUGAAAUUCAACGAAACCUUAGGACAAUGCAUACUACCUGCUAAUAAACCUCAUGAUACAAUCCGAAUUUACGACGAAUCGGAAAACUGUGACGUUAUGAUACCUAACUGCAACAAAGAUGGCAAGUUUCCGGUUCCUUCCAACUGUUCAUUCUACUACGAUUGUCAAAGGAACAACCAUAACUACUUGCAAUACGUGUAUAAAUGCCCAUAUGAAACUAUGUAUCAUCCCGAUCUUCACCGAUGUGUAACAAUGACAAAGUGCUACGUGGAUCACUACGAUAUACUGGACCGCUUUGAUUACGACUACUUUCCUAAGUGCAUUGUACAAGGACAAUUUCGAACAUCACGUCAUUGCAAUCUGUUUUAUCGUUGUAUACCGAAUAUGGAUGGAUCAUUCUUUCAAAUCAGAUAUGAAUGCCCCCCAAUGAUGUAUUACGAUAUCGAAAAAGAACGCUGUUAUAUGGGAUACUACACUAACUGCGAAUAUAUGCCAUGGGACAAAAUUGUAAAGGAUUAUGUCUUUAAACACAAUUUGAAAAUUGAUAACUGUAUUCCUAAACAUACCACCGCAAUCAGCACUCUAAACACAACAAUUACUACUAGUUCAUGUAGCUCUACAACUGAGAUUUCUAUCAAUUCCACUAAUACAUAUCCAACUACUCAGACUACGGAUAGUACCGUGAGCCCAUAUACCGUUUCCAGUACGUCUGGAAUAGCCACGGAUACGGAAUCAACUACAUCAGAUGAAACUGAGGUUACAGAUUCAACCGAAAAUAGCUCAGUAACUGAACCAGAAUCCAGUACAACUCCAUACACCGAAGCAACUGAUUCUCAAGAAACUGAAACAGAUACAGAUACCACAAUUUCGCAAACUGAUGAAAGAACAAUUACAAAUGAGUUUUCAACUACUCCAGAUACUCGAACAGAAACAACUGAUGACCAUACUUCAGUAACAGACACAAGCAGUACAGGGGAGUCAGAAACAGUAACUAUGGAAAGUAGUGACACUACAACAGGACACAGUUCUAAUGAAACUAGCACUUCAAUCAGCACGAUCACCGAAGAAAUUAGUACAGCCAUAACUACAGAGACAGCUACAAGUGAUACGACAAAAAUGAAAUCUUAUUCAAUAACUUCAACAAGUGAAACAAAACUACCAACCGAAACUACACAAGCUACUUCUGGAAAUACCAAAACUGAUACAUCAACAUCGCUUACGUCAAAACAGACAAGUGGUAGUACCACAAAAGUUCCAUACACUUCUAAGCAACCCACUACUGUAAAUACCUAUGAAACAUCUAGUAAAACUUACACAUCUGCACCGAUUACGUCAAAACAGACUACUGGAAGUACCACAAACGUUUCGUACACAUCUCAGCAACCCACUACUGGAAAUACCAAUGGAACAUCUACUAAAACUUACACAACCACACCGAUUACGUCAAAACAGGCAACUGGAAGUACCACAAACGUUUCCUACACUUCUCAGCAACCCACUACUGGAAAUACCAAUGAAAUAACUACUAAAACUUACACAACCACACCGAUUACGUCAAAACAGGUAACUGGAAGUACCACAACUAUUUUCUACACUUCUCAGCAACCCACUACUGGAAAUACUAAUGAAACAUCUACUAAAACUUACACAACCACAAGGAUUACGUCAAAACAGACAACUGAAAGUUCCACCGCAGUUUCGUCUACAUCUCAGCAACCCACUACUAGCACUAAAUAUUCCACACGAACCUCCAAGGAUAGUUCUUCUGAAGAGUACGACAGCUAUGAAGAAUUCACCUGGGAUGACGUUGCAUGGAAUCGACACCAUCGCACUUCAAAAAUACCUUAUGGUCACCCCACACCAAGCACGAAAAAACCUCGAGCGCAUUUCCAUCCUAAUCCCCCACCGUUUGAUUACCCUGAUUCCAACUACUGGGAUGAUAGUCACUCACACGAAUCGGCCAAAUCUUCAACAUCUGUAAAGUAUUCUAGUACUACGUAUCCGCUGUCAUCGCAUGCCGGAGAUCCGGAUACCUCCGAAUCAAACGAAUCCAACUCUCGACCUGUUCGGUGUUACAAUAAUCGCCAAGGCGGUCUAACGUGCGAUGGAGUAAAAGGCAAACCUGGUGGAUGGUUCGAACUUCCUGGCUACUUAUUACGCUACCGAAAGCGAUCGGGUGAAGAUGAAGCACCCAACAAGAAGAUGAAUGGGGAACUCAAUCUGCGGCUGCGAUAUCCUAAUACCUACAAACUAGAAGCAUAUCCGAAGCAAAAACGAAGAGUGGAAAAACCAGAUGGCCACUAG